AUGCGCCGACAAGUAACCCUUCGGUGUGCAAAAAUAGAAUUCAUUUCCCCAAAGCCGGAAGCGCCGAUACAGACCAAGGAUUUAAAGCCGAUACCUUCGUCCUUGCUUUACCGAAAACUACUUAAGCUCUAUCUCCGCAAGUUUGAUACGGAUCACAAGACAAUAGUGGCUGCAUGGAAGCAAACGAAGUUUGAGUUCUGGUACCACCGAAACGAUGCGCCAGAAGAGGCUGCGAUGCAGAAUAUCCGUGGCCAGCAGAUUUAUGAAGCUAUCCGUGCUGGCUUGAUUCCUGUCUACCGUGACAGUAAAACAAACGAAACCUACUUUAAGUACGAUGCCGAUACGUUAAAGGCGGCCCAUAAUCAUAUUGAUCCUGUGGAUGUCGAGGAGUUUAUUCGCCGUUACCACGACAAGAUUCCCACCGACGAUGUUGCGGAGGUGAAAUCAACACUGAAGAAACUCGGCCGUUGGAAGGGGCCCGAUGUGCUGCGUGAAGAAGAUCUCCACCGUGUGAAGCAAAAAGUGAAGAGGGUGAAAACAAAGUGUACAGAUCCUGACGACUAA